AAAACAUCACGUUGAGUGCUAUCCCAUGCCGAACGCCCUCAACCCAUGUGAAGAUGUUAUGGGCUACCAAUGGCUGCGCAUUUCGGUCUGGAUUGUUGUUGCUCUGGCUGUGGUGGGAAAUGUUGCGGUACUUGUUGUGAUUCUAUCGAUUAGAUCCGAAAGCCCAUCCGUGCCGCGUUUCCUAAUGGGCCAUUUGGCCUUUGCAGAUUUGUGCUUGGGAUUGUAUUUGCUGUUAAUCGCCGCCAUCGAUGCACAUUCCAUGGGUGCCUACUUUAAUUACGCUUAUGAUUGGCAAUACGUUAACGAUAAAAGUAAACAGCACAUGUUUUUUAUACCUUUAAUUUCAACAAUUAAGCAGAAGAAGCGCCGUGUGUUUAAAUUAGAGAUGGGAAAGGUACGUGAUUUUUAUGUGACAGAAUGUGUCACGAGUAUUUAUGCGUGGGUGUGA